AGGAAAAAAAAUUUGAGGCGGGCGUUGGUUUGAAGAAAGAAAGAAAGAUAUGAUAUCUAGCAACAAAGUGGUUAAGGAGGAGGAGAGCGCGUUUGUCUAGAAGCAGAAAGAUGGGAUUAUACUCAACUGGAAGUGGAGCGGGAAACCCACUCUCUUCCGCUUCCAUGAGCACCACGCCUCGUCACCUCUUGCUUCGAAAGCCAACCCCUCGCCAUCACCAACUUGGUUUCCUCUCAACUUUUGCUUCUCCUCUUCUGCACACCUCUUCAGGAUCAAGAGCAUGCAAUUCAAGUUGUCAGAGGUCAUCUACAGAGAAUAUAGGCAGAAAAAUUACUUGUAGCCUACUAAAAGUGGAAGACGACUCAAAUGACGAGUCAUGUGAGUUAGUCAGUGGAGUGGAACUUACAGUUGGUGAGGGUGUUGAUAGCAUCAAUGCUUAUCUCUUCAAGGCAGUGAAAAAUAAUAAUGGAACUGGGAUACUUCUCUUGUCCGAUAUCUUUGGAUUUGAAGAUUCAUCCACAAGAGAGUUUGCCUAUCGUGUUGCGUGCAAUGGUUACAAUGUUUUGCUUCCAGACCUAUUUCGUGGAGAUCCAUGGACAAAGGAUCGACCAAAGAAUCUUUUUGAUAAGUGGAUCUCGGAACAAGAACCUCAGAGGAUUGCAAAAGACAUUGCCACAUCUGCAAAAUGGAUGGUUGAUGAAUUUUUGGCUGCAGGAAUCUCAAAGAAGUUUGGCUUGAUAGGAUUCUGCUUUGGAGGUGGCAAAGUGAUUGAAGUCCUAGCCCAGGACCAGGGCGCUUCUUUUGGCACUGGGGUCUCCUUUUAUGGAACAAGGAUCGAUACGUCUGUGGCAUCUAAUGUUAAGGUUCCAAUCUUGUUUAUUUCCGGGGACAACGACCCACUCUGUCCUGUCAACGUCCUAGAGAGUAUUGAGAGAAGCAUUGGCAGGGGGUCCAGGGUGGUAGUUUUCAAGGGUAGAGGUCAUGGCUUUGCUCACCGACCUCAAUCAUUUGAAGAAGACGAAGAUGCAGAGCAGGCUUUCAUGAUGAUGAAAAAUUGGCUGAAUGAUGGCUUGGUUGCAAAUACCUGUUAGACUCCAGAAAACUCAUGUAUAUAUUGAUCAUAGAGGUGAAGGGGUUACAGCUACUGCUGGUGGUGAUCGAAGGCCAUCAGUUGUAAUACAUGCUAUGUGUAGUUCCAUAUUUGGUCCUAAGAUGCCAAUUGACAUUGGUGGUAAAGCCACCUCAGCACGUUACUGGAGACUCCGAUUCAAA